AUGGCUAAGCCUGUUUUGCUUUCUCUUUCCGUUUGCCUUCUCGUCCUUUUCCAUGGUUGCCUAGCUCGCCGCACCGGGAAGUACCAGCGACAGGACGAGUGCCAACUCAACAAGCUUGAAGCCCACGAGCCCGACAACCGCCUCGAGUGCGAAGCCGGCACGGUGGAGUCAUGGAACCCUAACCACGAGCAGUUCCAGUGUGUUGGCGUAGCGCUGGUCCGCACCACCAUCCAACCCAACGGCCUUCACUUGCCUUCCUACUCCAAUGCUCCCCGACUCGUCCACAUCAUACGAGGAAAGGGUGUCCUGGGACUUGUGUUCCCUGGUUGUCCUGAGACAUUCGAAGAAUCUCAGCAAGGAACCAGCCGGAGCUCCCAAGACCGCCACCAGAAGAUCCAACACUUCAGAGAGGGUGAUGUCAUCGCAUUGCCUGCCGGAGUUGCCUACUGGUGCUACAACGACGGUGACUCACCUGUCGUAUCUGUUUCUCUUCUUGACGUCAGCAACCAUGAUAACCAGCUUGACAGAAACCCAAGAAGAUUCUACCUUGCUGGUAAACCACACAAUGAAUUCCUUCAGAGCAGCAGACGGGAACAAUACAGGGAAGGAAGCCAGGAGCGCCGCCGUGAGGAGCAACAACAAGAGCAAGGCUCACACGUCAACAACGUCUUCAGCGGAUUCAGCGUCGAGUUCAUACAGGAGGCUUUCAACGUCGACGCCGAGACGGCAAGGAGGAUCCAGAGCCAAAACGACAAGAGAGGUUCCAUCAUCAGAGUUAAGGACAGAUUGCAGUUGGUCCGACCAGGCAGGUCUAGGGAGGAGCAGGAGCACGAGAUGCGCCAGGAGGAGCAGAGGCAAACGGAGAGGGAGCACGCUCGCCGACAGGGCGGUAGCCGACACAAUGGCGUGGAGGAGACCUUCUGCACCAUGAGGCUGAGGGAGAACAUCGGCGACCCUUCACGCGCCGACGUCUACAGCCCGCAAGCCGGUCGCGUCAGCAACGUCAACAGCUACAACCUCCCCAUCCUCAACUGGCUGCAACUUAGCGCGGAGAGAGGUUUUCUCUACAGUAACGCAAUGUACGCUCCACACUGGAACAUCAAUGCCCACAGCGUGAUCUACGUGAUAAGGGGCCGCGCCAGGUGCCAGGUGGUUGAUGACUUUGGCCGUUCAGUGUUCGACGGUGAGCUCCGCCAGGGUCAGGCCUUGACGGUGCCGCAGAACUUCGCCAUCGUGAAGCAGGCCGAAGACGAGGGAUUCGAGUGGGUUUCUUUCAAGACAAACGACAGAGCCAAGGUGAACCAGCUCGCCGGCAGGACCUCGUACAUUCAGGCAUUGCCGGCGGACGUUAUCGCCAACGCAUACCAAAUAUCGAGAGAACAAGCAAGGAGGCUCAAGUAUAACAGACAAGAGGUCUCCAUGUUUAGGACCUCCGGGAGGAGCAGGGCAGCUGUUGCUACCUAA